UCAGCGUCACCGUCGGGGGCAAGCAGUACCUGCUGGGACUCUAUGACACAGCUGGACAGGAAGACUAUGACCGUCUGAGGCCUUUGUCUUACCCCAUGACUGACGUCUUCCUCAUAUGCUUCUCUGUGGUAAAUCCAGCCUCAUUUCAAAAUGUGAAAGAGGAAUGGGUACCGGAACUUAAGGAAUAUGCACCAAAUGUCCCUUUCUUAUUAAUAGGAACUCAGAUUGAUCUCCGAGAUGACCCCAAAACUUUAGCGAGACUGAAUGACAUGAAAGAAAAACCUGUCUGUGUGGAACAAGGACAGAAACUAGCAAAAGAGAUAGGUGCACGCUGCUAUGUGGAAUGUUCAGCUUUGACCCAGAAGGGUUUGAAGACUGUUUUUGAUGAGGCUAUCAUAGCCAUUUUAACUCCAAAGAAACAUGCAGUUAAAAAGAGAAUAGGAUCAAGAUGUAUAAACUGUUGUUUGAUCACGUGAGAAAAGUCUGUAGUGGCCAAGAGAACUGUCCAUUUCUCCCAGAAAGCAUCUGAAAUGCUACAGCGAUGUCCUGACCUCUUGCAGUGAAGUUUAACCUGAGGGGGUGGGGGGAGGGAACCUGUCCUCAUCAUUCUACAGUGUCAUUGAGAAUGUUUCUUAAAGGUCUAAGCGGCAGCAAACAGCAUCUGAAGCCACAAUCUACUAUAAAUACUUUAUUUCAACUAGAAGGUACAAUCUCUCAGGGGUUUCAUAGUUAAAAAGCUACAAUCACACCAUGUUGAACCGACAUUGAAAAAAACAACAGUGCUGUAAAAGGAACUGCUUGGCUUUGACCAUACACAUUUCUGCACAGCCCUUACGGAAUCUGCACAAAGAAAUGUCUUCUCCCCUUUCUCCUCUUAAUUGCUCUUGUAUGUAAGUUGCUUUCUAUUCCAGUAUAUCCAGAGUGGUGAGCUAACCAGGCCAGCCACGUAGCCAAAGGUCGCUCCGAGUGUACAGGAGAUGGGCCACACCUGAGGAAAGAAUUAGGAGAUCGAAACCAACCGAUGUUUUAUUAUUACUUGAGCACAAAUUAAGUGUAACAUAAACAUUUCUAUAGUGAAGCUUAAUGUGCUUUCUUAAAGAAUGCCAAAAGUUUAAUAGGUCAUAACUGCAUUUACUAUGAACACUAAAAAUUUACACAUUUUAGUUAAUGUGCAUUAAAAGGUAAUGAGGCUUCCAGCAACUGUAGAUUUAGUUUGAUGUUCCCCAAAUUGCAUGAAAUACAUGCUAAAGUACAAAUUUAAAAAUUGGGACAUAGUUUGCCAUAAUCAUGAACUCAGUUUAAGCUCUCUGAAGUAACUAGUUGGCCAUUUUUCUAAUUCCCACUUUGGCUGUGUGCAUCAAAUGAAGUAAGAAGUGUGUAGGCUGACCAAACCUUAGAAAUUUUCAGUUGUGUCAGAGGGAAGGCCUAGAAUCUGAGCAUGUUCCUUGGAGUGUGUGGGUACUCUGCUUCCAUGAGCUACAGAUGCCAUAGCCACAUAGGGUAGGGCCCACAGCUUAUGCACACACCUAGAGUACGAGGCAAGCAGAACAUUACAGUCUUCCCAAGAUGGUUUUUCCAGCCAUGCUACACUUCAUUAAACCAGAACUAAGUAAUGGUGAUUUAUUUUAUGCCACAGACAGGGUAUAUGGGUCCCUAAGUUAAAAGCCCUGGGUAAAAAAUCUUGGAAGCAAACUUUGUUUCUUUGUAAAGUUUAUUUGCAGUGCUGGAGCCAUUUCUAACCCUUCUCUGGGGAAUUGGCCUUCAAAAUGUACUGGAGGCAAAACCACCUUCAUAACUGGCUGGUACCAUUUGGCUUUCUUCCUCCGUCUGCUAUAGAUCUGCCUUAUUCUAAAUGCCAUGCAACAGACAGUAGUGUUUGUUAGAAGCUUCCAUUCGAACCAGCUCAUGCAGUUUAGGGAAGCAUAAUCUAAUCCAUAUCGUGUUGCCAGCCUUUCUUAGGUUGAAAUUCGCUGUUGCUUAAACUACAAUUUCUUGGUCUUUAUCGAGCUUCUGUUAUCUUCCAGGGUUUGUGCUUACAGCUUUGUCUAUUGCACAGAUUGGGUAAUGGAACACUAAACAUUGAUACUUGAAAAUGACAGCCUUAAAUGUUCAUACCAGUCACAAAUCUAGAUGUACUGUCUUGCAUGUGAGCUUUGUAGGAGUUUUUGAAGUAUAAGCACCACACUCCCCCACUUGGUAGUGGAUGGUCUACUGGACAAGAGCUUUCUCUUGGAAGGGGACAUGGGAUAUCUUUUUUUCCAAGCAGUGGUGAUUCACAUUAAGCAUCAUAGCCUUAUGUAUGCUCAAAUGGGAUUUCUGUAACUUUCCCAUUUAGUUUUGGUCUUGUUUUUAGAUAGAAUUGACAGAAAUUGUAUAAUGAGUUAACAUGCUAGCUAAGUUGUCAAACCCAUGAUAUGAAGGAAUCCCGACAGUAAAGUAUUAUUCAUUUCCAAGUUGCCUUUGGAGAUUUGAUGGGUUUUGGUUUUUCUUUUUUCUUCAAAUCUACAUUUGUGAAACCCUUGACACGUGGUGUAUAAGGCAAUGAAGUUGAAGUCGAGAACUUUCAUGCUCUGAGAGAAAUGGAUUAAGAAUCUGGAAGUGCAUACUGUGUCACCACGGUUUCCUCAUGAGAGUGCUCUCCACUGUCCCUCCCACUCAUGAGCUCUUUUCCCUCUCCUCUGAGUCAUAGCAGUCAUAGUUGGACGUCACCUUUUCAGCAUCCCCUUCUCCAGGUGGUAGGAACCAUGUAUAUAGAACACUCGAACUCUAAGCAGAAGAUUGUAUCAUCUGAACCUGAGGUGCCUUAGGUACUCUAUUUACCUUGAUGGGGUUUGGAGUUUCCCAUUGCUUGUUAAGAGCUCUUUGUGUUGGUUAUUUAGUAUUUCUUUUUGCAAAAUCUUCUCUGCCACUUUAACCAAAAAAAGAAAACCAAAGAUUUGUUUUCUAUUCAUGAGCAGAUUAUAGAGAAGCUGCCUUAUUUUCAGAAGCAUAUCUUCAUUAAAGGCAUAGGUUGCAACAGAAAUUCAGACUAAUCUCUGGAAAAACUUUCAAACUAGUGAAAUAACUGGGAAAUAAAAUGCUUCUCAAAACUUUUACUAACAUGAAUUGUGCCAGUGAAUACCCUGCUUCAAACAAGGUCAUGUACAAAAGAACUUAGAGGGAAUUCUCACUGAUCAGGGUUUGCACAGAAAAUCUGUUCUAAAACCCUUUACACUUUUGGGGACUCUUGAAAUCUAAUAGAACUUUGCUAAUGUGUGCCCUUACUCUAUCCUUACAGGUACAUUGUAGCUUACUUGCGAUGAAUUAUCAUAUUUCCAAUAAGUAGAGCUUGAGUUGUGCCAUUUGUUAUGAAUUAUCUUAGUUCCUUUAGACACUGCUUCCAUUUGAUUUUAAUUAUUGGUUUUAAAUACCAAAUUAAAUACUGGUUUGUUGGUUGUUGCUUUUUAAAUGAUUGUUACUUCAACAGUGUCCCUUCCUCACGUAUAGGGUCAUAAAUAAAAUGAAAUGCAGUUUGCUACUUA